UCCUCUUACGUAUGAUUGGCUAACUAACCUGGAAACUGGGCCGCGUUCCGAUUGGACGGUCCUCACUUUCUCGUGACGUAUUUUUAGAUGGCUGCAUGACGUCGCCAGCAUGCGUCGAGAGGCCUCAAGAAAGCAUUCCCCCAGUUUGUAUUCCGAAUCCAUCCCAGCGAUUCUGAAGUCGGCCAAUGAUAGUGCGCGGUGUUGCUCUAAGCUCCGCCUUUCCGUUGAUUGGCGUAGGCAUUGGCCAGCGAGCCCGAGCGGAGGAACGACGAGCGUGCGCCGCCGGCAGGCGCUAGAAGCUGUCGCGCGGGGGCUCGGUCAGGGUGAGGUGAAGAUGGCGGUGCUUGCUCCGCUGCUGGCCCUGAUCUACUCCGUGCCUGGGAUCUGCCGGUGGUUGGCGCAGCCCUACUACCCGCUGUCGCUUCUGCUCUCGGCUGCCUUCCUGCUGGUGCGGAAGGUGCCGCCGUUAUGCCACGGGCUGCCCACCCAGCGCGAGGACGGGAACCCCUGUGACUUCGACUGGCGCGAGGUGGAGAUUCUUAUGUUCCUCAGUGCCAUUGUGAUGAUGAAGAACCGCAGAUCCAUUACUGUGGACCAGCAUGUGGGAAACAUCUUCAUGUUCAGCAAAGUAGCCAAUGUCAUCCUUUUUUUCCGCCUUGACAUCAGAAUGGGACUGCUCUACCUCACCCUCUGUAUAGUGUUCCUGAUGACCUGCAAGCCACCUCUGUACCUGGGUCCAGAAUACAUCAAAUAUUUCAGUGAUAAAACAAUAGAUGAGGAACUAGAACGGGACAAGCGGGUAACCUGGAUUGUGGAAUUUUUUGCUAAUUGGUCCAAUGAGUGCCAGUCAUUUGCUCCCAUCUAUGCAGACUUGUCUCUCAAAUACAACUGCACCGGAUUGAAUUUUGGGAAGGUGGAUGUGGGCCGCUACCCUGAUGUGAGCACCAGGUACAAAGUCAGUACAUCUCCUCUCACUAAGCAGUUGCCUACACUAAUCCUUUUCCAAGGUGGGAAGGAGGUGAUGCGCCGGCCACAAAUUGAUAAAAAGGGACGAGCAGUCUCAUGGAAUUUUUCGGAGGAGAAUGUGAUUCGGGAAUUCAACUUGAAUGAGCUGUACCAGAGAGCCAAGAAAGUGUCUAAGCAGCCUGAGGUCCCAGAGGAGUCUCCAGAACAGCCUGCUAUCCCUGAGGUCCCCAAUGGAGAGAGCAAGAAGGACAAAUAGAGCCCAGAGGACUGGACUGUGUUCCUUUACUGUUUAGCUCCCCGUUCCUCUUCCAUUGCCAUUCUGAUCUCUCUCCUGGGACAUCAGCCACAAGCUGCUUUCGCCCACAACGCUGGUGCUGGGAGAUGAUUGUACAUGCCAGGGAGCUUCUAUCUUCUGAGUGUAAUUGCCAUGGAGCUUCUAUCCUCCUGGGCUCAGUGCCUCUCUGCUGGCAGCUACUCGUUUCUUUUGGACUUCUCCCAUCCCCUGAUCAUCCUUCCAGGAGUUGCUAGGUGUAGUUUCAGCAAGAUAAGAUGUGGCCCCAACUCUAUAGAAGCUAGAACCUGUUUCUGCAUCUAGAUGUGGGGCUGCAGGCUUCUCUGGCAAUGAAUAAGAGCUACUGG